AGACCAUCAAAUUGAUCAACCAUCUUCCUAUUUGCCUGAACUAUGGCCAAAUUAUCUGCAGUUUUUUCCGUCAAACGUCAGGAACCAGAGCUUGUCCCACCGGCCAAACCAACACCACGAGAAUCAAAAUAUUUAUCAGAUAUCGAUGAUCAAGAUCGUCUCAGGUUUCAGUUUCCGUUCAUUAUGUUUUAUCCCGACCAUCCCUCGUUGCAAGGGAAAGACCCUGCCAUAGUUAUCAAAGAUGCACUGAGUAAAGCUCUGGUGCAUUACUACCCUUUCGCUGGCUACCCUUUCGCUGGUAGGCUCAGAGAAGGGCCUAACCGGAAACUUGUGGUAGAUUGUACCGGCGAAGGUGUCCUGUUCAUUGAAGCUGAUGCUGAUAUCAGACUUGACCAGCUCGGUGACACAAUUCGGCCGCCUUUUCCAUGCUGUGAAGACCUGCUGUUUGAUGUUCCUGGCUCUUCCAAUGCUCUGGGCUGCCCUUUACUACUGAUCCAGGUGACGCGCUUGAAGUGUGGGGGAUUCAUCUUCGCAGUACGCUUAAACCAUGUCAUGGCUGACUCACUAGGGCUAGUCCAGUUUCUCAACUCCGUUGCAGAGAUUGCCAAAAGAGCAGAUAAACCCUCAGUGCUACCCGUCUGGAAGAGGGAGAUCUUUACCUCCCGAGACCCACCGCAGGUGACUUGCCAACAUGACACAUACAACAAAUUAACCCACACCACUGGAACAAAAGUAAACAACAUGGAUUCCGAUAAUAAUCUUGUUCAAAAAUGUUUCUUUUUCUCCCAAAAAGAUAUAAGGUCAAUCCGUAGUCAUCUCCCACCACACCUCAGCACCAGCUCAACCUUCGAAGUACUCACCGCGUGUAUCUGGAGAAGCCGCACGGUGGCUCUAGACCACAACCCCGAUGAGAUUGUUAGUGUUUCAUGCCCUGUCACCGCGCGCGGCAAGCAAGGCAUGCAAGUCCCUCAUGGUUUCUACGGAAAUGCAUUUGCCUACAUAGCCGCGGUGUCAAGCGCCAAACUUCUGUGCGAGAAUCCUCUAGGGUAUGCGCUAGAGUUAGUAAAGAGGACGAAGACCCGGAUGAGUGAAGAGUACAUGAAAUCGCUCGCAGACCUUAUGGUGAUCAAGGGAAGGCCUAAAUGGGACACGACAGCUCGGAGCUUGUUGGUGGCUGAUACGACCAAGGUGGGGUUUGAAAAGGUGGAUUUUGGAUGGGGAGAAGCCGUUUACGGUGGUCCGAUUGGGUCUAUAGACUUUACUGUCUACUAUGCAAAUGCAAGAUGUAGAAACAAAAUUGGUAGAAAGCCACCAUGUUAAGGAUUUGCAAAAAUCCUUCUCCUCUUGUACCACGUGAAUGACUAACUCUUAAUGAAUUGAUACUGAAUAA